UCUUGUGCUUUCAUUUCCAAAGCUAAUUUUAAAAAUCUUUUUCUCUUUUCAGUGUCUACUGUAGGAUUUGGAUUUGUGCUGGACAUGGGGUUUUUUGAAACAAUAAAGUUGCUGCUUUGGGUCGUAUUCAUAGACUGCGUAGGUGUUGGUCUCCUGAUAGCAACACUGAUGUGGUUCAUUUCUAACAAGUACUUGGUAAAGCAGCAGAACAGAGACUAUGAUGUGGAGUGGGGAUAUGCCUUCGACGUUCAUCUGAAUGCUUUCUACCCACUUCUGGUCAUAUUGCAUUUUAUCCAGCUGUUUUUCAUCAACUAUGUCAUCAUACCUAAUUCAGUCAUUGGAUAUUUUGUUGGGAACACAUUAUGGCUGAUUGCAAUUGGCUAUUAUAUCUACGUGACAUUCCUUGGAUACAGUGCAUUGCCCUUUCUGAAGAACACAGCUAUCCUUCUGUAUCCGUUUGCACUUCUCAUUGUGCUCUAUUUGAUCUCAUUAGCAUGCGGAUGGAACUUCACCAAGAUGCUUUGUUCCUUUUAUAAGUACAGAGUGAAAUAAAAACAGGACUUUGUUUAUCUAC